AUGUUUUUCCGAGCCCUUCUCGCAUACUUUGCAUUCUGCAAUGCCGUCGACGCAUACCGGGCGAUUCCGUCCGGUGUCGUCAAGGCUCCAGAAGAAUUCACCUAUGGUGUCCCGAAUCGACAAACAAAGGAGUUCAAAACGCUUCUUUCAUUGUCCAAUAUCGGAUCCGAGACAUGGUACAACACUCGCGACGACGAUGAAUUCGGUGUAAGCCGUGAAUGGCUGAUCGAAGCCAAGGCCGCGUGGAUGAAGCACGACUGGCGGAAGGAAGAAAAGCUCAUCAACUCCAACCCCAACUUCAUGACGACUGUCGAUGAUCCCGAGCUCGGGUCAGUCAAGAUUCACUUUACGGCUCUCUUUUCGACCAAGCCAGACGCCUUGCCACUGAUCAUGUUGCACGGAUGGCCUGGUUCUUUCCUCGAGUUCCUACCUGCUCUGGACCUUCUCAAGGAAAAGUAUACGGCCGACACUUUGCCGUACCAUGUCAUUGUACCGUCGCUGCCAGACUUUGGACUCUCCGGUGGUCCCUCGAAUGAUGUGGAGCUCACGGUAGAGUCUGCGGCGCGAGUGAUGGACCAGCUCAUGCUCGACCUGGGAUUUGGCCAGGGUUACGUUGCUCAAGGUGGUGACGUUGGCAGCUUCCUGACGCGCAUCAUGUCGGCAACAUCUGCAGCUUGCAAAGCUUUCCACGUCAACUUUCUCCCUCCCGACUCGUUGAAUGAGAUCCCCCUCAUAAGCGUCAACGCGACUCAGGUUGAAGUUGAGCACCUGGAGAAAAUGAUCAACUUCGGCGCAAACGGGAGUGCAUACAUCAUGGUGCAAGGCCAGCGCACGUCUACCUUUGGACUUGUUCUCUCUUCCAACCCACUUGCGAUGCUAGCUUGGAUCGGCGAGAAGGUGGUCGCGUGGUCAGACGAACGAUACCCAUUGGCUCUUGAAACUGUCCUUUCCAUGGUGAGAUUUUAUUGGUACACGGAUUCGUCAGCGAGGAGUAUGUACAUAUAUCCCGCGGCAGCAAGGGCUGCCGGUCGAAACGAACUGUUACCGGUGGCCACCUCACUUGAAAAGCCGCUUGGGUAUUCUGUUUUCCCCGCGGAAAACCUGUUUCUCACAGAAGCUUAUGCGGAGGAUAUUUAUCCGAACAUGGUCUAUUACAACAGGGUCGAAAAGGGAGGGCAUUUCGCAGCGGCGGAGCAGCCUGAGAUCUUUCUUCGGGAGGUGGAAACCUUCUUGAAGCAGGUUAGGCCCAGCAUCGGGAUUUGA